AUGCCUGGAUCAAGCACGGCCUCGUCCAGCUCGAUUGGCUCCAGCCCGCCACCGAUGGCGCGGACAGGCACGAGACCGGGUGAAAGACCAGAGGGACAUGACACAGUCCAGCCCUCCAACUAUAGUGGCCAAGACGGAAGCGGAGCUAGGGCGAGAGCGUUUCCUGUUCGCCCGGGCUCAGAACGAAAAAGGCGCCUCACAACCACCAGUGAGGAUGCGAGUUCGCAACGGGGACGAGUUGGGGGCACGGCUGGACCGGCUCUAGACAACAGGGGAACCUCUAGGAGUGUCUUGCCGCAUAGGUCUGUUUCAAUGGUGCUGCCUUCGUCUCGCACAAGAACUUCUGUAUCCAUGACACCUGGAUCGUCAAUUGCAACGGCAAUAGACCUCUCCUCCUCUCCCCCAGUGUCCCCUCGCUUGUCUUCUGGUGAACAAGCGCUGCGUACUUCUCGACGCGAGAACCCUACGUCCUGGAAUAAUCAAACCCGCUCCGUCUCAUCUCUUUCUCACACACCGCCCUCAACAUUCAUGGACAUGCUUCUCCCCAAAUGGCAGGCGGACUCGGAGUACAUUGUUCGUCCGCCCGAGUUUGUUGACCUUGCCGACUCUUCGCCAAUGCCUUCCUCCCGAGCUCCACAGAUCGUCGAUCUUACGGGAGAUAACCCUAGUUCAUCAUUUCCAUCAAUAGUCAAUCCUGCUCUCGGGGGAGGCGAGGAAGUACGGCUUUGCAAUCCAUGUGUGCCGGAUCCUAACCCAAACCCUCUUGGCUACACUACUAUGCGAUCACACGGUCAUCGACCCACCCAUUCUCUGUCGUCUACGAUGAACAACCCAUAUCAUGCUUCAUCAGGUCAAACUCAGAAUCCCGAGGCUCGUCAGGAACGACGCACUGUGGGUACAAAUGAUCGACCACAGUUCCUGGACGCAUUGAACUCUCCACCCCGUCAAGUUCCCUCGGCCUCUAACAUCCCUCGACAACGCCGUUCACUGUCCAACCGUGACGGCGGUCCAUCCCGCCGACAUGCUCCGGACGAGGCCGACUUCUGCCCAGUGUGCAGACGCCAGUUCCCUCCAUUGAGUUCCGGCCAUCCUCUUGAGGCCCGCCAAUCCCAUAUUCGGGACUGCAUUGAGGGCUACCUAAGACCACCAGCACCCUCCCGGACAUCAUUAGCGCAGCAGGAAACCCCACUUCCUCAUCCUCCACCCACUGCCCGCAUGCUUCCCUUUGUGGCUACGGAAAAGGACUGUCUUGGUGAGGAUGGCCAGGCAGCGGAGUGCACGAUCUGCAUGGAGGACUAUGAGGUUGGGCAGACCCUUGCCCGCCUUGAAUGCUUGUGCAAGUUCCACAAGCACUGCAUUGUGGACUGGUUUGAGAGAAAGAUGGAGUGCCCUGUGCACAAGCUUUCUUAA